CGAUCCCUACCAUUCUAAACCAUCGCUGUGGGACUCCAACAAUAUUUUCCCAUGGCUAGUCACAAAGUCCUUAGUGUUGUUUUCUUUGUGUCAUUGGGUUUAGUUGCUUGUUCUGCGACUAGAGCCCUCCUUGGCUAUGGCGCUGUAGGAGAACAUGGUGUUGCUGGCUACGCUGGCGGUGCUGGUAGUGGAGCAGGUCGCGGUGCAGGAUAUGGGGCUGCAGGUGGAAUUGGUGGUGGUGGUGGAGGUGGUAGAGGAGGUGGAGGUGGAGGCGGAGCUGCUUAUGGUGCUGGUGGUUCUGGAUAUGGAAGUGGCAGUGGGGAAGGAGGUGGCGCUGGAUAUGGUGCCGGUGGAGCACACGGUGGUGGAGGCGGUGGAGGAAGGGGUGGAGGUGGCGGUGGCGGUGCUGGUGCAGGAGGUUCUGGUUAUGGGAGUGGAGAAGGAGGUGGCGCUGGUAGCGGCUAUGGUGCAGGUGCUGCUGGAGGAGGUGGUGGUGGGAGCGGUGGUGGCGGUGGAGCAGGUUAUGGUGCCGGAGGAGCACAUGGAGGUGGCUAUGGUAGUGGUGAAGGAGCCGGUGGAGGUUAUGGUGGUGGAGGUUAUGGUGGUCAUGUUGGCGGUGGCGGUGGCGGCUCUGGUGGCGGCGGAGGCGGUGGUGCUGGGGGUGCAAAUGGGGGUGGAUAUGGAGGAGGUAGUGGGAGUGGAGAGGGUGGUGGAUAUGGUGGCUACGCCCCUUAAAACUUCCUUCUCACUACAUCAUUUUCUGAAAAGAAUGCAUCUUCUUACCUUAAUAUGAGCACAAAAUAAGAUGGGCAGGCAAAAAAACAAAAAUAAGAUUAGUAUUGAUAAGAGGAUGCUUAAUUAUAAUAUCUAGGUAUUGUAUGCAUGAUUCAUGAAUACCAGAUAAUUAAAUGCAGUCAAAAAGUUGUAUCUAAUUAUAAUGAAUUAUAUGCAGUACCUUCUUUUUUUA